AUGCUGUCCCUCAUCCUCGCCCUCGCGGCGCCCCUCCUCGCCGCCGCCCUCCAGCCAUGCGGCCUCAAGAUCGCUCCCUGCCCCAACGACACCGAGUGCGUCCCCGUGUCGCCCGACUGCACCGACCUGUGGCGCUGCCGUGGCGUCUGCGAGUACAAGAACGAGUACCCGAGCUGCGGCGGGUAUCGAGUCAAACCGGUGGACUGCCCUCCCGAUGCCGAUUGCCGGGACGAUCCUCGACUGGAGAAUGACUGCGGGAUGGCGUGCGAUAAGCCUGGCAUGUGUAUUCCCAACGAUGUACCGCGGUGUGAAGACGAGACAUGCCCGUUGGGACUGUGGUGCUACACCAUGAUGGAAGUGGACGGUUGCUCGAAGCAAGUGUGCCUGUAA